CUCUGUUGUCUGCUUUUCUUGACGGUGCUUGUCCAUAACAGAAAUGCAUCCGUUUUGAAAAUAUCAUGUUGGAUUUUUUUUUUAAAUGAAGACGUUUUAGCUCGCUACUCCAGUACGGUAGUUGGCAGUACACAGAUGAUAGUUAUCCACGGGGUCGACAUCCCUGUCGAAGAAGAGUACGCACGGCUAGCUAGCUUAGCUAACGUUCUUUAGCUAAUAAACUUCGCAUGGAUCAAGUACCAGCUCAUCAUUACUCGUUCGGUUUCAUACACAAGGAUAUUGACACCAGUCUACUACAAUGGAAGUCCUAAUGCAUCACCUUCGGCAGAGAAUCUUACCCCACCUGCCCAGAACCUUCACCACUCCUUGUAAGAGCCAUUCAAGCUGUGCUGCAGGACAUGCCCCAAAGCCAACCCUCAUUGACUCCAUCUCCCGACCUAGCACACACCUUCCCCUAGUAUCCCGUCUCUUCCAGCCCUCCAACCUGCGUGAUGUGGGGCAGGAGAGUCGUGCUCAGGGGGAGAUGACCUGCAAGAGCCAGAGACUGAUGCAGCAGGCAGGUCUCAUCCACCCUUCCAACCCUGGCUGCUACUACAUCCUCCCAGCCACAGUGCGCUCCAUGGAGAAGCUGGUGAGGCUGAUCGACCAGGAGAUGCAGAGGAUCGGUGGGCAGAAGCUGGACAUGCCCAGCCUGUGCUCUGCGGAGCUGUGGAGACGCAGCGAGCGCUGGGACCUGAUGGGAAAAGAGCUGUUCCGCCUGAGGGACCGCCACGGAGCGGAAUACUGCCUGGGCCCCACCCAUGAGGAGGCAGUGACAGAGCUGCUGGCCUCCCAGGGAACCCUGUCCUACAGACAGCUUCCUCUAAUGCUUUACCAGAUGACCCGCAAGUUCCGUGAUGAGCCAAAGCCUCGGUUCGGGCUGCUACGGGGGCGGGAGUUCUACAUGAAGGACAUGUACACGUUUGAUGUGAGUGAAGAGGCUGCCUACCACACGUAUGAGUCUGUAUGUCAGGCUUACAACCGUCUCUUCUCCCGGCUGGGCCUGCGCAUUGUUCAGGUCCAGGCAGACACAGGGAAAAUCGGAGGUAAACUCUCCCACGAAUUCCAGCUCCCAGCAGAUAUCGGAGAGGACAGACUACUGGUCUGUGGGAGCUGCUCCUUCUCUGCCAAUGUGGAGACCAUGGAACCAGGCCGGACUGACUGCCCACAGUGCCAGGCAGGCACACUGGUGGAGUCCAAGGGCAUAGAGGUGGGUCAUACGUUCUACCUUGGCACCAAAUACUCCCACAUAUUCAAUGCCACCUUCAAUAACACCCAGAACAAGCCUGCUGUCACUGAGAUGGGCUGCUUCGGGCUGGGGGUGACCCGGAUCCUUGCUGCCGCCAUAGAGGUGAUGUCCACAGAGGAGGCUAUCCGCUGGCCUGGGCUGCUUGCCCCUUACCAGGUCUGUGUUCUGCCCCCUAAAAGGGGCAGUAAGGUGGAUGAGGUGGCUGGUUUAUCUGAGGAGGUGGCCCUUUUUCUGGGGGAGGCUCUGCCCAGCCUAAGAGGUGAGGUGGUUCUGGAUGACCGUACACAGAUGACCAUUGGUAAGAGGCUGAAGGAUGCCAGUCAGCUUGGAUACCCCUACGUGGUGGCAUUGGGGCAGAAGGCUACAGAGGAGAUACCCAGGUUUGAGGUGAUCUGCCAGCAGACUGGUGAGACUAUGUUCCUCAGUAGGGAUGGACUGGUAGACCUACUCAGACGAGUGGAGACGGUCUGAGUUGGACUGAUCUUGACCUGGACUAAACUAUUGAACUCUGUGGAACUCUAUUGCUCCUCUGAAAUGGGCAUGCUUGUGGUUGGGCGGGAUGAUACGUGGUAAAGAGGCUACUGCUCAACAGCCCUAUACCUACUAAGGCCAAUCUAAGUCUGAUGCAAACUGAGCUGGACUGAAAUCUAUUAUUACACUGUUAUGGACAUGUAUGUGUGGGGUAGGGUGGAAGUAGCCCUUGAUCAUGACUCUCAGUUCCAUUACAUUACACAUACAGUUGUCAGAAGUUUACAUACACCUUAGCCAAAUACAUUUAAACUCAGUUUCACAAUUCCUGACAUUUAAUCCUAGUAAAAAUUUGCUGUCUUAGGUCAGUUAGGAUCACCAGUUUAUUUUAAGAAUGUGAAAUGUACCAAGACCUCAUCAACGACAUCGCCAAGGACAUUCGUUACCAGAGACGCUACAGACAGAGGAGGAAGGCGGAGCUGGUGAAGCUCCAGCAGGCACUGAGCGCGCUUAACUCCAAGACAGCCUUCUAUCAGGACCAGACCAACUACUACGACACUUACAUCAAGACCUGCCUCGACAACCUCAACAGGAAGAACACGCGGCGGUCCAUCAAGCUAGAAAGGAAGGUGGAGGAGAAGGGCAGUAAGAAGUGGAAGCAUCAGUCUCUGAAGUACACGGCUGCCCGACUGCAUGAGAAGGGAGUGAUCCUGGAGAUAGAGGGGCUGCAGACCAACCAGUUCAAAAAUGUAAUGUUUGACAUCUCUCCCAGUGAGGAAGUUGGGGACUUUGAGGUGAAGGCCAAGUUCAUGGGAGUUGAGAUGGAAAAGGUUCAACUCCAUUUCCAGGAUCUGCUCCAGCUGCAGUACGAGGGAGUGGCGGUGAUG